UUUUUGUAUUUUUAUGGAAAUGUGUAUAUCUCAUGAUUGAUAUGAAGAAACUAGUCAUGGGCCAAAGGUCAAGAUACUUCUCUGGGAAAUGUUGCUGCUGAUGCUGCUUUACAAAGUCAUACAAUGAGUGUUUGGUUUAAGAAAGAUUUUCAUAUUUAAAAGAUUUUCAUCUUGGAAAUACAUCAAGUGAAAAUUAAAUUCUUUUGGGAAACAUUUUCCUUCUGAUAUAUUAUACUUGUAAUGGGCGACAUGGCAAACAACUCAGUUGCUUACAGUGGUGUGAAAAACUCUUUGAAGGAAGCUAAUCAUGAUGGAGACUUUGGAAUUACGCUCGCAGAGCUGCGGGCUCUCAUGGAGCUCAGGUCCACAGAUGCAUUACGAAAAAUACAGGAAAGCUAUGGAGACGUCUAUGGAAUUUGCACCAAAUUGAAAACGUCUCCCAAUGAAGGUUUAAGUGGAAACCCUGCAGAUUUAGAAAGAAGAGAAGCAGUGUUUGGAAAGAAUUUUAUACCUCCUAAAAAGCCAAAAACCUUUCUUCAAUUAGUAUGGGAAGCAUUACAAGAUGUCACUUUAAUUAUAUUAGAAAUUGCAGCCAUAGUAUCAUUGGGCCUUUCUUUUUAUCAGCCUCCAGAAGGGGAUAAUGCACUUUGUGGAGAAGUUUCUGUUGGGGAGGAAGAAGGUGAAGGUGAAACUGGUUGGAUUGAAGGAGCUGCAAUCCUCUUGUCUGUAGUGUGUGUGGUGUUAGUAACAGCUUUCAAUGACUGGAGUAAGGAAAAACAGUUUAGAGGUUUGCAGAGCCGAAUUGAACAAGAACAGAAGUUCACUGUCAUCAGGGGUGGUCAGGUCAUUCAGAUACCUGUAGCUGACAUUACUGUUGGAGAUAUUGCUCAAGUGAAAUAUGGUGAUCUUCUUCCAGCUGAUGGCAUACUUAUUCAAGGCAACGAUCUUAAAAUUGAUGAAAGCUCAUUGACUGGUGAAUCAGAUCAUGUUAAGAAGUCUUUAGAUAAGGAUCCCUUACUUCUAUCAGGUACUCAUGUAAUGGAAGGCUCUGGAAGAAUGGUAGUUACAGCUGUAGGUGUAAAUUCUCAAACUGGAAUUAUCUUUACCUUACUUGGAGCUGGAGGUGAAGAGGAAGAGAAGAAAGAUGAGAAGAAAAAGGAAAAGAAAAAUAAGAAACAAGAUGGAGCUAUUGAGAAUCGCAAUAAAGCAAAAGCCCAGGAUGGUGCAGCCAUGGAAAUGCAGCCAUUGAAGAGUGAAGAAGGUGGAGAUGGUGAUGAAAAAGAUAAAAAGAAAGCAAAUUUGCCAAAAAAGGAAAAAUCUGUUUUACAAGGGAAACUUACAAAACUGGCUGUUCAGAUUGGCAAAGCAGGUCUGUUGAUGUCUGCCAUCACAGUUAUCAUUCUAGUAUUAUAUUUUGUCAUUGACACCUUCUGGGUUCAGAAAAGACCAUGGCUUGCUGAGUGCACACCAAUUUAUAUACAAUACUUUGUGAAGUUCUUCAUUAUUGGAGUUACAGUUUUAGUGGUCGCAGUGCCAGAAGGUCUUCCACUUGCAGUCACGAUCUCACUGGCUUAUUCAGUCAAAAAAAUGAUGAAAGAUAAUAACUUAGUAAGGCAUCUGGAUGCUUGUGAAACCAUGGGAAAUGCUACAGCUAUUUGUUCAGAUAAAACAGGAACUUUGACAAUGAACAGAAUGACAGUCGUUCAAGCUUACAUAAAUGAAAAACAUUAUAAAAAGGUUCCUGAACCAGAAGCUAUUCCACCAAAUAUUUUGUCCUAUCUUGUAACAGGAAUUUCUGUGAAUUGUGCUUAUACAUCAAAAAUAUUGCCACCAGAGAAAGAGGGUGGAUUACCUCGUCACGUUGGUAAUAAAACUGAAUGUGCCUUGUUGGGACUUCUUUUGGAUUUAAAACGGGAUUAUCAGGAUGUUAGAAAUGAAAUACCAGAAGAAGCAUUGUACAAAGUCUACACCUUCAAUUCUGUUAGGAAGUCCAUGAGUACUGUCCUGAAAAAUUCAGAUGGAAGUUAUCGAAUAUUCAGCAAGGGUGCAUCUGAGAUAAUUCUGAAAAAGUGUUUCAAAAUCUUGAGUGCUAAUGGUGAGGCAAAAGUGUUCAGACCAAGGGACCGUGAUGAUAUUGUAAAAACUGUGAUUGAACCGAUGGCAUCAGAAGGCUUGAGAACCAUAUGUCUUGCAUUCAGAGAUUUUCCAGCAGGAGAACCAGAACCAGAGUGGGAUAAUGAAAAUGAUAUUGUCACCGGCCUUACAUGCAUUGCUGUUGUGGGGAUUGAAGAUCCUGUGAGACCUGAGGUGCCAGAUGCAAUUAAAAAGUGUCAGAGGGCUGGAAUUACUGUGCGGAUGGUCACUGGUGAUAAUAUUAAUACUGCUCGGGCCAUUGCUACCAAAUGUGGUAUUUUACAUCCUGGGGAAGAUUUUCUGUGCCUAGAAGGUAAAGAUUUUAACAGAAGAAUACGAAAUGAAAAAGGAGAGAUUGAGCAAGAGAGGAUAGACAAGAUUUGGCCAAAGCUUCGAGUACUUGCAAGAUCAUCUCCUACUGAUAAGCAUACACUGGUUAAAGGUAUAAUUGACAGCACUGUCUCAGACCAACGCCAGGUUGUAGCUGUGACUGGUGAUGGUACAAAUGAUGGCCCAGCACUAAAGAAAGCAGAUGUUGGAUUUGCAAUGGGUAUUGCUGGAACUGAUGUAGCUAAAGAAGCAUCCGAUAUUAUUCUCACAGAUGACAACUUUACAAGCAUUGUUAAAGCAGUUAUGUGGGGACGAAAUGUCUAUGACAGCAUCUCAAAAUUCCUUCAGUUCCAACUUACUGUUAAUGUAGUGGCAGUGAUUGUUGCUUUUACGGGCGCCUGCAUUACUCAAGACUCACCGCUUAAGGCUGUGCAGAUGCUGUGGGUAAACCUCAUAAUGGAUACACUCGCUUCCCUGGCUCUGGCAACGGAACCACCCACUGAGUCUCUCUUGCUUCGGAAACCUUAUGGUAGAAAUAAGCCUCUCAUCUCACGUACAAUGAUGAAGAAUAUUUUGGGUCAUGCAUUCUAUCAACUUGUAGUAGUCUUUACACUCUUAUUUGCUGGAGAAAAGUUUUUUGACAUUGAUAGUGGAAGAAAUGCUCCUUUGCAUGCUCCUCCUUCAGAACAUUAUACUAUUGUUUUUAAUACCUUUGUGCUGAUGCAACUUUUCAACGAAAUAAAUGCCCGGAAAAUUCAUGGUGAAAGAAAUGUAUUUGAAGGAAUCUUUAACAAUGCCAUCUUCUGCACAAUUGUUUUAGGCACUUUUGUGGUACAGAUAAUAAUUGUGCAGUUUGGUGGAAAACCUUUCAGUUGUUCAGAACUUUCAAUAGAACAGUGGCUAUGGUCAAUAUUCCUAGGAAUGGGAACAUUACUCUGGGGCCAGCUUAUUUCAACAAUUCCAACUAGCCGUUUAAAAUUCCUCAAAGAAGCUGGUCAUGGAACACAAAAGGAAGAAAUACCUGAGGAGGAAUUAGCAGAGGAUGUUGAAGAGAUUGAUCACGCUGAAAGGGAGUUGCGGCGUGGCCAAAUCUUGUGGUUUAGAGGUCUGAACAGAAUCCAAACACAGAUGGAUGUAGUGAAUGCUUUCCAGAGUGGAAGUUCCAUUCAGGGGGCUCUAAGGCGACAACCCUCCAUCGCCAGCCAGCAUCAUGAUGUAACAAAUAUUUCUACCCCUACACAUGUAGUGUUUUCCUCUUCUACUGCUUCUACUACUGUGGGAUUCGAGUGGUGAAUGCAUUUCGUAGUUCUUUAUAUGAAGGGUUAGAAAAACCGGAAUCAAGAAGUUCGAUUCACAACUUUAUGACACAUCCUGAGUUUAGGAUAGAAGAUUCAGAGCCUCAUAUCCCCCUUAUUGAUGACACUGAUGCUGAAGAUGAUGCUCCUACAAAACGUAACUCCAGUCCUCCGCCCUCUCCCAACAAAAAUAACAAUGCUGUUGACAGUGGAAUUCACCUUACAAUAGAAAUGAACAAGUCUGCUACCUCUUCAUCCCCAGGAAGCCCACUACAUAGUUUGGAAACAUCACUCUGAUUGUAAGCUGAAUGUUAACACACUAGCUGCAUUGUAAAGAAACAAAUUGAAACUGGGUCUUUUCACAUAUUGUGAUGGACAAGCUAGUAUUCUUGUCUUUGGACUUCAACAGAAGACACACUUGUACGAAUGUAGAUUUAUUUUUUUAAAAAAAAAAAAAGCAAAGCUUUCUGCCAGACUGAGGGUGCUUUUUGGGGGGUGGGAGAAAUGAACUGACAGAUAAACAGUAACUCAGCGUAAGUGACCCGUGGAUCAUCAGUAGUACCCAAGCAUGGUCCUGAACAGUGUAUUAGCAGAGCUUUAGUUUAUCUCAGUCCUGGAUGGGAGAGAGGGAGGAGUAAAACUGGGCAAGACAAAGAGCCCUGGAUCGUUGAAUUGACAGUUUAAUUUCUGCUGUUGGCUGUUAAUAAUUUGGAUUAUUUAUGUUUAUAAAUGAUACAGAUCUGUUUACAAGGUUUGUAGAUACUUUUUUUGUUCCUGUUCAUAGAUGGGAAGCUUCCUUAUAACUGAUGCAGAGAAAAAUUAGUCCUUCAAAUACUGCUGUAUUUUCAGGAAAAAAAAAAGGGGUGUUUCUAUUGAAACUGUACUAAAUUUUUGCCUACAAUUUACCUUGUUAAAUAUUGUAGAUAAAUUGCUAAUACUAAUAGCCAAAUAGAUAACACUAAUGCUUUGUUUAAAAAAACGAAAAAAACAAAACAAAACAAAAAAACAUGAGCAGUGGUGUUCUAAUGAAGUUAUGACAUCUGUCCUAAUUAGUUUCUUAAAUACAUUUACUACUUAAUGGUUUUGAAGCAACUGUUUAAUUUUUAAAAUUUUUGAAAACUUGCUAAUAACCUUUUGUUCAGAAUUUAGUAGAUUGUUUAAUGCAGGACAUCAACUACAUAAUGAAAGAUGCUUGAAAUGCUUUUGUUAUUUCAGGCAAAUCAAAUUAAAUCAGACUAUCAAACUACAAGAGAACCUUAGUCCUUUUUGUUUUUGUCUAAACAUGUUAGUUUAGUGAUGUCUUGGUGAACUGUGAGUGAACUGUAUUGAUUUUUCUAAUCUUUAGAGACCUUCACACAGCAUGAGGGCUGUUGGCAUUUUGAAAAAGGUUAAUAAGUAGAAGCAUACAUGUUUUCCUUUUGUUUUUGAAACUUGUUUGUAAACAUAAAUAAAUAUGCCCUUUUAUUAAAUAAAUUCAUGGCAAUGUUUUUUUAAAAGACAUUUCGGCUUCUUUACUCAAUUCUGCAUAUACAGUGCAUCAGUCUGUUCUCUUUGACCACAAUUGGAAUACAUUUCAAGAUGGUAACAGCCCCAUGAAGUACCGCUUUAAUUCCUUGCUGGUAAUUUAAUAGAAUCAGAUUAAGAAAAUUAACACAAUUUUGCCAUUUGACGUACUCUUCAUUUAAUUUAGUUUCUCUAAAAUAGUCUCACAGGUAAAAAACAUAAUAACAAUGACCACCAUUGUCUUUGAUAAAUUUAUUUUAAUUCUUAAGUGGCCAAAUAACAGAUUAGGUAAAAUGAGAUUACAUGAAAAGGUUCUAAAAUGAUAUAUUUAGAUGCAAUAAUUAACCAUAUGCUAGAAUGCCCACCUCUAAGCCAAUUGGAUUCUUUAGCUCUCUUUUUCUUUCCUUUGUCUACCUUCUUCCCUUUUUUGCCUCUGUCUUUACCGUUUAGAAACGGGCAUGUGUUAGGGCCCAGAUUUCACCAGAUACACAAUCCUCAGGCUGACAUAAAGUUUACGAGGACUGCUACUAUAACUGAGAGUGCUGACCAAGCAAAGAAACAUUUAGUUGAUGGUGCUUGAUAUUUUUGGUGGGUGGGGGAAAUCUUUUUCUCACCAUCAAAUCUUUGCAGUAAUCCUCUGCAGGUCUUAGAAACACAUUGGCUCUGUCAGCAUUCUUAAUUGUACAUUUAUUCAUCAGGUAUUUAUAGUGAAUCAUACUGUAAAAAAGAGGUAGCAUGAUAUGCUGGAAAGCAUAUUAGACUAGGAGUCAAGACCUGGUUUCUAGUCUUGGUUUUGCCAUUAAUGUGCUGCAUGAUCUUGGGAAAAUCAUUUACCCUAAAUAAGGGUGGUGGACUAUCUUGAAGAACCCUUUCAACUCUAAAAAUUGACCCUAUCAACUGGAGAGCCUAUAAGGCAUAGGGAAUAGAGAAAAGGGACAUGUUUUCAGUUUUCUUUUUUAUUUUGGUUAUGCUUAAAUAUGAAUGUAAUUACCAAAAGAUUUAGAAGUGCAUGUGCUUUGGAGGAUUUGUAUUGAGCUUUUACAGUAUUCAUUUUUCAACUCAAGGCAAUGGCUUUCUACACCAACUCUAAUCCAUAAACGGGUCUUAUGACAUCCAUGAAGUAGUAGCAAGACAUGCUUAGUGUGUAUUUCUCUCUUUGAGACACUGUAAUUUCUACCAGAAAUUUCCAGAGCAUUAUGUAAGUAGAAAAAAAUGCAAGCAAGCUGUUAAAGAUCUUGGAUCCCAUUAUAUAGUAUGUAUAGCUGAAAUCUGUAAUUCAAUCACUUUUUCUCUUUUAUCCUCUAACCAAAAAAUUGUUUAAUUUUGCAUCCCAAAUGUUUUUAAUCUUUGUAUAUUUUUUAAAAAUCCUUUUCUCCUCAUCAUUGCCUUUUUUGUGGUUGUAAAUAGACUUACUUGCACUUUGAAGAUGAGUUACUCCUUGUCAUCUUACAAAUAUGUGAUAUGGUAAUUUUCAUAACAGAUGUCAGUUUUGAACCAAGAAUUGGUGAUUUGUUUAUAAGAAAAAAACUGGCUUCAUUUCUGUGAAAUUGCUCUUUGAAAAUUUCUUUUUACACGUGUAAGCCAACUGAGAUACCGUGAUGGUGUUGAUUUCUUUCAAUGAUGCUUACCAUCUAUUUUAGCCACUGAGCCUUUUAUUAUUUGUCUAUUUGUAAAGUUUAUUUGUCUUAACUCAUUUAAUAAAUAUACUGUUUAUCUGUUUCUGAA